AUGAAAGAAGCUGAGCUUCAUGCAGCCGUUGCUUCACUUCCUAGAACUACAUUCACCGAGCUUCUCCGAGCCUUGGACCCAUUUGUUGUUGCUAAGGAUGCCGAUCCAACGAGCCAAACACACAUAUCUGCUGGAGCGUACCAGAUGCUAAAUUUAGGAGCCACUAUUGACCUUUGGGGAGUACGAAAAUUAUAUUCGAAGCUACUACGCCAAAUGCUAGUUCUUCUGUCUGCGUUGAAAGCCUCAGGCGGUAUUCUACAGGCAGAAGAGUACAUCUACCUAGUUAGGUGUGCAGGUGCUGCUGUAGACCCUGCGGGAGUAAAAUGGAUAUGGAAUGAGAUGGUCCGUACCCAGACUACAAGUUGGAGGCAAAGUGGGAUAUAUGCCGAGUUUGUUUCCGCACGCUUCCUCACCAACCCUUUAUAUACAGGCUACGAUAAAACCAAAAGGAUGGUCACUAGCCGAAGUUUACAUAACUCCAAAUUUAUCCUUCACUGGGCACAGAUUCGAAAGAUGGAUUACCUUAGAUACAAUACCCGACUCAAGAAGCUGUAUUUCGGACUCAACAAGGACACCAAGCAUGCCGAAGACUUGAUACGAAUGAUGAGGAAAGAUAACGCGGCUAGGAGACUUUACUUCUGGAUUCAUAGUCGUGGCACCUACAUGACCGAAUCUUUAGCAUGUGCCUUGAUGGUUGCCUUUGGACGGGCCGGGUCUUUACAAUUUAUUAGUGCUAAUAUAUUAGAUCGUCAUUUCGGCAUUAAGAUAGGUAAUAUAACCCACAGCAUGGCAACUGACAUACGCCAAGGCCACAGCCGUGUGAAACCUACUGUGCUUCUUAUGGAAGCCAUCGUGGAGACAUAUGGUUCAAAUGCAGAGAUCCCUCUUGCCUUACAGCUGGUCCAACAUCUAUCAGUGACCUUUCGAAUUCCUAUCCCUGCGUCUAUAUGGAAAGACCUCAUGGAGUGGACCUACAUUAUGGGCUCUGUACCGCUGUCUAGGGGAUGGAAGGCGGCCAAUAUGUUUUCUAAAGUACCGAACGCAAAAGUAGUAGAGUUCAUCUGGGAUAUGAUGGUUUCUGAGCCGUAUAAUAUACAACCCAGCUUCGACCACUACAAUAUACUCAUUCGGAAUCUUAUAGCGCGGAAUCAGUUCGGCAGAUUCAUCCCAUACAUGAGGGAGGCAGUUGAUUUAUACAACAUUCAAAACCAAGAGUAUAGGGACGCGGUAAUUGAGUACACCCAAAUGAUUAACGAGAAUGGGGUGCGUAGUAGCGAGACAGUGCAUCGGUACCAACGGGCUCGGUUUAAGAAGGCGACUAUGCGGUACGCCAUCCAAACAUGGUGUCGACAGUUCCUUGCCAACGUACAUGCAUUCAACCCUACGAACCCGCUUGUAGCCGUAGCCGUCCCGAAUUUCAUUAGCGAGUUCAAGACUUUUAUGCCAAACCCGGUCUUUUAUCGCACGUCUGACGGAUACGUCACUCUCUUCGACCCUCUCCGGGAACCGCAGCGCUUAGUCCCUGUCGAACAACUUCCUAUCACCAUACAGGUGAAGACUAAGUUGGGCGAGGUCGUGUACCUAAACUCAACAACGAAGAAACACGCCACUAGGUCUCGAAAUACCUUGGCGGGCCGAAAGCCGAUAUCUCACUUUGACCUCGAGACUCUCCUUACGACCACGUCCCGGGCGAAGCUGCCGAAAUCCUGGGAAAGGCCGGCUAUCAAAGAAGAAGUAGAGGAGUCAGAGGAAUCAAUGGCUGAAAUCGAGUCUAGCGAGGAGUUGCCGGAGCCGCUAGAGGUGGAUACUUAUGAUGAUGAUGACGACUUUUAUUAA